CUCUCUUUCUAUUGGUUCAGCAUCCCACGAAAACACUCUCUCUCUCUCUCUCUUAGAGAUCAUUUUCGAGAACAGUAUGAAACCCUAGGCGGAUAAAGUAGAGAAGCCAUCCACGGCCUUCCAUUUGUAAAGUCAAAAUUGUCACUUUUGUACAGAAUCAGAGCAAGAAAGUAAAUAAGGAGAAACCAACAAAAAAGAGGUGGGGAGGUUCCCGUUCUUCUUACUUCGAUGGAGCUGUACGGUCGCAAUCCAGCCAGGAAUGGGUCCCAGUCGGGUCACAAUCCUACUGAGUGGAGCCCCGUGGGCGGUGAAACCGGGCUUGAAGAAUCAAUGUGGCAUCUGAGGCUCGGCGGUGGUGGCGGCGGAGGAGGCGGCGGAAGCGAGUCCUACCCGGAGCGUCCCGGGUUGCCCGACUGCGCGUAUUAUAUGCGAACGGGGUUUUGUGGGUAUGGCAGCAGGUGCCGGUACAAUCACCCGCGCGAUCGCGCUGCGGUGGUGGCAGCUGUGAUAGCUACUGGGGAUUAUCCUGAGCGACCAGGGGAACCUGCAUGUCAGUUUUAUUUGAAGACUGGGACCUGUAAAUUUGGUGCAUCCUGCAAAUUUCACCAUCCCAAAAAUGGCGGUGGAUCGUUGAAUAGAGUCCCACUUAAUAUUUAUGGCUACCCAUUAAGACUGGGUGAGAAAGAAUGCUCCUACUAUUUGAAGACGGGGCAGUGCAAAUUUGGUAUAACUUGUAAAUUCCAUCAUCCUCAACCUGCUGGUGCCUCAAUGCCAGCAUCUGCACCUCAAUUUUAUUCACCGGUGCAAUCUCCUUCGGUUCCUACUCCUGAUCAAUACAGGGGAGCAUCCACCAGUUUAAGAGUGGCUAGACCUCCUCUUCUGCCUGGUUCAUAUGUUCCUGGGGCUUAUGGUCAUGUGUUGAUCUCCCCUGGAGUUGUUCCCGUGCCUGGUUGGAGCCCUUACUCGGCACCUGUAAGUCCAGCAUUAUCUCCUGGUGCCCGGCCUGCAAUGGGAGCAACUUCGCUUUAUGAUGUCGCGCAGCUGACGUCAUCUACCCCAGCUAUCGGUGGAUCAUAUCCCUCCAUUCCUUCAUCCGCCGGACCAUGGGGAAGCAGUCAGAACGAACAAGUAUUUCCACAGAGACCUGGUGAGCCUGAAUGUCAGUAUUAUAUGAGAACGGGGGAUUGUAAAUUUGGAUCAUCUUGUAGGUAUCAUCAUCCUAGGGAUCGUAUAGUGCCAGGGACCAACUUAGCCCUCAAUCCGCUUGGCCUUCCUUUGAGACCGGGAGUCCAACCAUGUGCCUUUUACAUGCAAAAUGGGCAUUGCAAAUUUGGGUCAACAUGCAAAUUUGAUCAUCCAGCGGGGACAAUGAGGUAUAGCCCCUCGGCAUCAUCUCUCACUGACAUGCCCGUUGCUCCUUACCCUGUUGGAUCUUUGCUCGGAACUUUGGCACCGUCAUCAUCUUCAGAGUUGAGGCCUGAGCUGGUUUCAGGAUCCAUGAAAGAUUCUUACUCGACCAGGGUGCCAUCUAACGAGACUUCUACUAGUUCCGUUGGACUAAUGUUUUCUCAGACUGGGUCAGUUCCACUAUCUGAUGUACAAUUUUCAAGUCAUGGUUCCACCUCCUUGAGUAGUAGCAGAAGCACCAAGCCAGGCAACGAUGUUCGUCGAUCGAGCUGAUGAAUCAAAAGUAUUCAAACUCAUUCGCGUCUUUAUGUGGUUAAACCACAAUUACGUAAGGUCUAGAUGUCAGUAAAUUAAUUGUGUUAAUUAUGAUUUGGGAUUGUCAAUUGUUCAAUGAUGGUCUAGCCAACGAGCUUGAUUAUAGCAUUUAGGACUUAAUGAUCUCCCAUAGGGUUAUGAAUUAUAUUUGAAUAAGCUUCCAUACUCUUCUGA